GAAGGCAGGAUGGCAGCUCGGCGCGCGCUGAAAGCCGUCUUGGUGGAUCUCAACGGCACGCUUCACGUUGAAGACUCAGCUGUACCAGGCGCGCAGGAAGCUCUUAAAAGGCUGCGUGGCGCUCCCGUCACCAUUCGAUUUGUGACGAACACGACGAAGGAAUGCAAGAGAGACCUGCUGGAGAGGCUGACGAAACUGGGAUUUGACAUUGCAGAAAAUGAGAUCUUCACAUCUCUGACAGCAGCCAGAAAUCUUCUGGAGCAAAAGCAGGUGCGGCCUCUCCUCUUGGUGGACGAUAAAGCCCUGCCUGAUUUCACAGGGAUAGCCACUGACGACCCCAGCGCAGUAGUGGUAGGACUGGCUCCCGAGCACUUCCACUAUGAAAUGAUGAACAGAGCAUUUCGGUUGGUUUUGGAUGGUGCCCCUCUUAUAGCUAUACACAAAGCCAGAUAUUUCAAGAAAAAAGAUGGCUUGGCACUGGGACCUGGACCUUUUGUAACCGGGCUGGAAUAUGCGACGGACACCAGAGCGACAGUAGUGGGGAAGCCAGAGAAGACCUUCUUCCUAGAAGCUCUGCGGGGAACUGGCUGUGCUCCAGAGGAGGCCGUCAUGAUCGGUGACGACUGCCGGGAUGACGUUGGUGGCGCCCAGAACGCGGGCAUGCGUGGGAUUUUGGUCAGAACGGGUAAAUAUCGACCGGCAGAUGAAGACAAAAUCAAUCCAGCUCCUUACUUAACCUGUGAGAGUUUCCCAGAGGCAGUGGAACAUAUCCUAGAGCACCUGCUAUGAGAAAGGGAGUAGUUAGCUUGAAGAAACAUCUGCAUCAUGUGAUUUCCUUUACUCUUGUUUGAAAA